UCGAGCCAACCAGCCCACGCACGCGACGCGGAGCCCCCAGUCGUCGCGCACGCACGGCCUCGGGCGAUCCGACCUCGCCGUUGCUUGCUCAGACGCCGGAGAAGACGACGACGGCGGCGCCGGCGAGGACGAGAUGACGGUUUUCCACUUCCUCAACUGCGCCGCCCUCACCUUCGGCCCCCACGUCGUCUACUACUCCGCCACCCCAUUGUCAGAGUAUGAUACAAUUGGCACUUGUGUAAAAGCGGCUGUUGUUUAUCUUGGAACAGCACUAGUAAAGCUUGUUUGCUUAGCAACAUUGCUCAAAGUACCUGAGAAUGAUAGCUUUGAUCCUUAUCAGGAAUUGAUGAAAAUAUUUAUUGGGUUUAUAGAUGUUGCUGGUCUUUAUUUUGCUUUGACGCAGUUGACUCAUAGAAACAUCUCCCAAAACCACAAGUUUCAGGCCGUUGGUCUUGGUUGGGCUUUUGCUGACUCGGUUCUGCACCGUCUGGCGCCUCUGUGGAUUGGUGCAAGAGGACUUGAAUUCACAUGGGAGUACAUUUUCCAAGGACUUGAAGCAAAUGCCAAUCUUGUUAUGACACUGUCCCUUGCUGCUUUAGGAUCCUUGAUGUGGCUGAGGAAAAACAAACCUAGAACUUUGGUUCCAAUAAUUUAUGCAUGUGCUCUUCUUCUGGCAACAAUGCCAUCUAUCACCAGUUACUUGAGGAGAUCAUUAGAGUGGCAGACUCCAAAGGUAGUCGGCUUCGAGCUAUUCUCCUCACUGGUCAUGGCUUUCAUCAGCUGGCAGCUGUUUUCAGCUUGUCAGAGACCAAUGUAAGGAGUGAGCUAAGUACUGCAAAUUACUGGAGAUUGACGCUCCUGAGAUGCCUCUUGUUGUACUUCCGCAGAAUUAGGAUGUUAUGUUUUCUUGGUGUUCGAUCAUAGAACUUUUUAUUUAGAAUCCUUUUUCCUGUGAGCUUUAGUAGAGAAACACAUGCUCUUCUAGGCAUUGAACAAAAAAGGUAUAUUUUCCUCUGCUAUGCUGAUUCUUCGCAACCGCAUGGCAUCAUCUAGAGUGAAAGUAAACAUUCAGUUUUGUCAUCAGUUUAUGGGAAAAUAGGCUAAAGUUGCAUC